AUUCAUUCAUUCGUUUAUUUUCACAAAUCAAUUUAUUUUCUUCUUUUUAAGCAACCAUAAAUAUAAAAAAGGAUUAUGCCAGCGUAUAAACGAGGAGCCAACAAAAAGAUUAAAUUCAACAUAGACUCCUCCGAAAGCCCCAACCACCAUGCGUUCGACAGUAAAGAGAGCGGCAGCGAAUACCCUCUGGAGGACUUUAGGACCAGCGGCAUAACAAACCUCAAUCUCGUCAGCAAACCAUUCAAAUCAGCCAAAUACAAAAGCAACAACACAAACAGACGGUGGAAAAACCUUAAGCAGAUAAUAGUGCAGGAGGAGCAGCAGGGAAGUGGCUUGGGUGGCGAUGGCAGGUGGCCAGUGGAUUUCCCUACAUAUUGGUUGGUGGAUGCGGUGCCGUCGCUGAAGCCGCAGAAAAAAUACUGCGAUAUUACCGGGUUGCCGGCGAAAUAUGUGGACCCGAAGACCAAUGUGAGGUACUGCUCGGCCGAGGUGUACCGGGUGGUGAAGAGCUUGCCGCCUGGUGGGGAGCAGCAGUAUUUGGCGCUGCGGAAUGCCAGUGUCGUGCUGAAGUAAAAAAAGAGGGGGAAGGAAGGAUCCCGUUGGGGGGGGGGGGGAUUU